AUCAUAUUCUGGAAGCCAACAACAAAAAAUACCGCAGUACACACAACAAAGGCAAAUAUCAAAACAAACAAUCAACAACUUGGUCUUUGAUUAUGUAGUCCAAGAAAUGAGACCAUUGGUAACUUGCCAAAAACCAGCAUUUAGAAGAUUGAUAAUGGGCCUUACUGGAAUAACAGAUACAGCGUUACUCCCUGAUACAAAAGAUUUGAGUAAAUUGUUAAAAUUAAGUUAUACUUCUUAUGUUACUAUGUUAACUGAUUUAAUAUCAAAAGUAUCAUUUAUUUGUACAACAGCAGACAUUUGGUCUAGUAACAAUAAAAGUUAUUUAGGUAUGACUUGCCACUUUCUCGACGAAAAUACUUAUAGAAGGUACUCGUAUGUUCUUGGUUGUAGGCGCAUAAAGGGCAGUCAUACUUACAUGAAUAUAGCACAGGUUAUGAAUGAAAUCACCAAAUCUUUUAAAAUUAACAAUUCCAAAAUAUCGCAUACUGUGACCGAUAAUGCUUCAAAUUUCGGAAAAGCGUUCAGAACAUUUUCCAUUCAUUCAGAAACCCCAAAUAAAAGUCAGUUUAGUGCUCAAAGUUCUAAUAACAAUUGGUUCAAAAGUAGUGAUGAUGAAUCUAAUGUUGAAAUAAGUGACUCUGGCAGUGAGGUUGAUAAUGCAGAUGUUGAAAUUGUAGAAAUAUCAACAUUAUUUUCAAAUUCUGAAAAUAUUGAAUGUAAUGACGACGAUGAUGAUUUUUGUUUACCUGAACAUCUAACCUGCACUGCUCACACUCUUAGUUUAAUUGCUACUAGUGAUGUAGCUAAAAUUUCUGACUCAACUUAUCAGAAAAUUUCAAAAUCUGUGUUUGUUAAAUUAAAUGCAUUUUGGAACAUUCUUAGCAGAAGUUCGGUCGCUUCUGACAAAAUAUAUGAGAUCUGUAAUUUAAAGUUCCCUGUACCUAUUAUUACACGCUGGAAUUCAAUGUAUUUUGCAGUAAAAAAAGUGGUCGCCAAUAAAGAAAAGUUGUUAGUUGCAUUUGAAGAGUUAAAAUUAAAUAAAUUAAAACAAUCUGAGUGGGCAUUUCUAGAUGAAUAUUGUCUGAUCAUGGAGCCUUUGGCAACAUCUCUUGACCUAAUGCAAGGGGAAAAAAGUUGUUUUUUAGAUUAUGUCGCCCCUACUAUUAUUGCUCUGAGACUUAAAUUAAUUCAAUCAACUCAUUUAAUCUAUUGUAAACCAUUGGUUUUUUCAAUUAUUAAAAGUCUUGAAGAACGAUUUAAGUACAUUUUUGAUUUAACACAUACUAAAAGUAAACCAUUUAUUUUGUCAGCCAUAAGUCUUCCAAAAUUUAAACUAUCUUGGGUGCCAGUCAGAUAUUUAACUAUGUGCAAAAAAUUAUUUAUAACUGAAUGUAAUUUAGAAUACUCAAUUGAAAAUAGAACUGAUGAAAAUGGCUCUGAUGAUAAUGAAAACAGUGACCACGAAUUUUAUCAAAUUCUUAGUGGAGAUACGGAUGGUUCACUUGAUCAAAAUCAUAUUUCUUUUCAAAACUCUGUUAAUACUCCUAAAAAUACAAAUCUUGCUAGUGUUCAAGCACUUUCGUUUUUGGAUACAAAAAAAAAAGAACUAGACAUUUUAAAUAAUUUGCCAAUUGUUAAAAAAGUUUUUUUAAAAUAUAAUACAACCUUACCAUCAUCUGCCCCUGUUGAGAGGUUGUUUAGCAGUGGUUCACAGAUUUUAGUUCCCAGGAGAAACCGGCUUAGCGACAACACAUUUGAAAUGUUGUUAUGCUGCAGGUGUUUUAAUAAUAAUAAAUAAUUUUAACUAAGUCUUAUAACUAAGCAUAAAUAUUGUUAUAAUAUUUAUAUUAUUAUUUUAUUUUUAAUAGUUACUUAAAUGAUCAAACUGAAACAGAAAGUUACUGUAAAUUGUUAAAAUUGUAAGUAUUAGUAUAGUUUUUCAACUAUUUAGAAUUUUAAA